AGCAGUGGGACAAGUGUGGAGGCUUCUGUCUCCUGUUAUGACUAUAAACAAGACAAAAUGAAACUUAGUUAUUUUUUUACCCAGUAAAACUGUUGAUGGAAUAACAGAGUGGGCUACACAGAGAAGCUUUCAGACCGGACAAACCUACCGUCCAUACAAGGAACUCUUCUAAAAGGUGUUAAAUCAAAGGGAAAGGGAUCAUCAUAAUUUAUCCUACACACCAUGAUUUCAGCUUGCUGGAGGUCUGGAUACACUCUAAUUAAGGACUCCAAUCCAUCAACCCGCAGAAAACAGAAAGAAAAAUCUGAAGAUGCAGAAAAUGGAACAACACAAAUAUUGCCCCCCAAGGCGACAAAGGUCCUCUCUGGAAUACAUGAAAGUCUGGACUACUUACCUUCUCAUAGUGAAGUCUAUAAAACAUGGCUAAAACUGAAGCCCUACAGGUCAGACUGGGAUCGUUGGCUGAUGAUGGCACUUAUUGGAAUUGUAGUGGGCAUAGUGGGUUUCCUAAUGCACCAAAUUAUAGAUACUUGUUUUGAAAUGAAGUGGGAACUUGCUGAACAGUAUAUCAGGCAUGGUGAUUUCUUCACAACUUGGCUUAUUAUCCUUGGUAUUGGCUUUGGCAUGGUUUUUUUUGCAUCUGGACUUGUGUUGUUUUUAUGUCCAGCUGGAUCACCAAGUGGCCUCCCUGAAGUUAUUGGCUAUUUAAACGGAGCAUCAAUAAGACACAUCUUUAACAUAAGAACAUUUUUUGGAAGUUUUUUCUCAUGUGCCUUAUCUGUGUCAGCAGGACUCUUUUGUGGACCAGAAGCACCGAUGAUCCAUAUAGGAGCGGUGGUUGGAUGUGGUUUAAGCCAGUUUAAGUCUGAUACUUUGCGGAUAACUCUUCCGUUCUUUACAAGGUUUCGAAAUUCAGCAGAUAAGCGUCAGUUUAUUACAGCUGGUGCAGCUGCCGGCAUCGCUUCUGUAUUUCGGGCUCCAGUUGGGGGGCUUCUCUUUGCUCUAGAGGAGGUGGCAUCUUUCUGGGACAUUAAACUGGCCUGGCAAACAUUCUUCUGCUGUCUAAUGGCUGCCUUCACCACAGAGGUUUUCUCUUCUUCAUUCGGUGGAUUUGUAUAUAAUGGUUAUUUUGGAUUUUUCAAAGCUGAGCAGAGAAUCUUAUUCUGGGUGAAGGACCUAUUGAAUGUGAGCGUUUUGGCCUUUAUCCCCACCAUUAUCAUUGGCAUUAUUGGUGGUUUACUGGGUGCCUUGUUUGUGUUUCUGAAUGUGAGGAUCAAUAAGUUGCGUCUGAGGCUAUUUAAUUCAAUUUCGCACAAACUUCUGAGACAGCUGAGUAAGCUCCUUGAGGCUUUGAUAUUGUUGGUAGUAACCAUGACAGUUACUGUCUACCUGCCAUUUUUCUUUCCAUGUAAUCCAGACUCAACCUUGCCCCAUGUUACAAACUCAUCUCAUGACACACAUGAAUUGUGGGAUGUCGCUGAAUAUAAUUGUCCAGUUGGGUCCAUGGUUCUUGAAUCAGAUGGGUUUCUAAAUUCAAAUCGUACAAUUAAUCAAGCUGCUGCUCUUCUAGUUCAGAAUGGGAAAAAAGGCAUCAUGCUUCUGUUCCAGCGCGGAACUCAUGAAAAGUUUGGAUUUCCUGCACUGUUUAUCACUCUUAUAUUCUACUUUACUAUUUCCUGCUGGACGGCUGGAACUGCAGCUGCAACUGGGCUUGUUGUACCCAUGCUGUACACUGGAGCAUUGUUCGGCAGGAUUGUUGGGUUAAUUAUGGUGUACUUGUUUGGCAUUCAAACUGAUGGGUAUGGGCAAUGGAUCGACCCUGGAUUGUUUGCAGUACUUGGUUCAGCUGCUUAUUUCGGUGGUGUUUCCAGACUGACCAUAUCUCUUAGUGUUAUUAUGGUGGAAUUAACAAAUGAUGUGCAGUCUAUCCUGCUGAUAAUGGUGGCUGUGUUGAUUGGAAAAACAGUAGGAGACUACUUCAACCAUUCUCUCUUUCACUCUUUGUUACAUCUUAAGUGUAUACCGUAUUUAAAGGCCGAGCCCUAUGUUGUCCAUGGGAAAAAGAAGGUAGACCUGGAGCUGUUCACAGCUAGAGAUGCCAUGCAGCCUUGUACAAUUAUCCACUUACAGGAAAGUGUCUUCAUGUUGGCCGAACUGCUCGUUAACACCAGUCACAAUGGCUUCCCAGUUGUCCAUAGACCCUCAACAGGUCAAGAUGAGGUAUUCUUAGGAACAAUUUCAAGGUUAGAGCUGUGCAUGAUUCUUUGCAACAGUAAUAUAUUCCAAAACCACGAGGAGGAUAAUACAGGCAAAACUCUACUCAAGUACCAAGAGGUAACGGUGGAGAAGCUGCCUGAUGAGGCUCGGAUGAACACAUUGCUGAACAAAUACUCCACAGACCCUCAGUAUCAGCAACUCUUCAUCAAUCUGGAGCCUUAUAUUAAUAAAUCUGCUGUCUCUGUUCAAGCUCAUUUCUCCCUUCAACGAGCAUACAUUGUGUUUCGAACUCUGGGACUUCGCCAUCUCACAGUUGUAGAUCUUCAGAACAGGGCUGUUGGAAUGAUCACCAGGAAAGAUCUCAUAUCUCUGUGGCUAGAGAAGAAGCUGAUUAAAUUGGACUCUAGAAAGCUGGAUUCAGACGAAGAGCUGUUACAAUAAAAAUAAGUAUGAGACCACAGUGAAUGAAGUGGAAUAUUGUGGAUAUUGGCAUCAGUCACCUGUAGUCUCAGCUACUAUAAAGUUCAGAACACAAGCUCAAUGGGGUGGAAAGCAACUAGAAAUAUGGAAUAAGGAUGACAUUACUUUUUCUUUUACAAAAGCAAGGAUAUAUCUUCAGACUUCUCUAUCUGUUUCAAAUGAAAAAAGGAAAUAAUAGUGUAAAUAUGAAAUACUAAAUCCUUUCAAAAGCAGAGUUAAUUGGGUUCAUUUACUAAGAUUUACACAAUUUUUGUUGCCACAAGACAAAAUUUAGUUGCAUGGGCUUUUUUACGCCAACCUUGCCACUUGAGUCAGCCCUGGCAAAUUUAACUGCGACAAUGUUAAAAAUACUGCUCCCCAUUGUAAUUACGGGCACUUCCUGGAUCAUAUGCUGGACAUUCGGCACGUGAUCCUAGCCCGGUUACAACCUGCACUGUAUCUGGGCUGCGCCUGCGCUGUCAGCAUACAUCGCGGGUUGUAACUGGGCUAGGAUCACCUGCUGAAUGUACAGCACAUGAUCCAGGAAGCGCCUGCAAAGUAAUUACACUGGGGAGUGCAUUAUCACCGUUAAAGUGCUAAAGUGCCUAAAUGUGGUAUUCCAGUCUUUAAAAAAAAAUCCAAUUUAAAAAAAAAAAAAUAAAAAAUCUGAUAAAGGGCCAUAACUUAAAGGGGUAUUCCAGUAUCUGCUAAUUACCGUAAUCUUAUUUGUAUAAUAGAAAGAUGUAAAGUUUUCCAAUAUAUUGCAAUUUCUGCAUCAAUUCAUUGGAAUUGUAAAUAUCACUGCAUGCUGUCAUUUGAUAAAAACCUUAAAGGGGUUUUCUCAUCCGAGACAAUUGGGGCAUACUGCUAGGAUAUGCCCUCAUUGUCUGAUAGGUGUGGGUCCCACCACUGGGACCCGCCCCUGUCUACUAAACACAGCCCUGAAAGUGGUGGAGGGCGGAUUGCACACGUGCAGCCGCACUCCACUCACUUCUAUGGGGCUGCCAAAAAUAGCCAAGCACUGGCUCGGCUAUUUCUAUCAGGCCUAUAGAAGUGAAUGGGAGCAGUGGCCGGUCAUGCGCGUUGUGCUCCCAUUCACUUCUAUGGGGAGAGCUCUUAGUGGUGGCUGGACCAGAGUCCUUUAACCACCACUUUGCCCACUCUGUUCUCGAUAUAGGUGCAGGUCCCAGCGGUGGGACCCACACCUAUCAGACAGUGGGGGUGAUAUGCCCCCAUUGUCUGAGAUGAGACAACCCCUUUCAUUGUUUACUUCCUGUGAAUAAAAUCUGUCCUAGUUAUGUGAUCACAUUGAAGAAAUUAUAUUGGUAAAUUGUAUAACUUUUAUUAUACAGCCAGAAUACCCCUUAAAAAAAGCCCAUACUCAAAGCCCAUGGGUUCACAUUGCUAUAGCUGUGACACAUCAUAUUGACCGUCAAUCAUUCUGUACACACUGACUUCAUCAACCACUAUGAUUGGCUGCAGUGGUGGGGCAUUUGAGACUUUUUCAUUAUGUAAUGCCAUAUGAAGCUGGAAAAACCCUUUUUGCUGAUUUUACUGCUUUAGGCCAGGUUCAAAUCUGUGUUGUGAACUUCAGCACUCAGAUCUGGUCACCGUAUCCAGCAUAUAUGCCGGUUGUCGGCCAGACAAAAAAUACUACACAGUAUUUUAUGUCUGUCCGAAAGCAGGCAUAUAUGCCCGAAAGCGUCCAGAUUCCCUCUGGAUCCCCAUUAUAAUGAAUGGGGAUCUGGCGGUGCACGGUGGUAUCUGGCAAUGCCGUCUGCUGGAAUAGACUGCCGGAGUUCAUAUCGCAGAUCCUCUUCUGAAAAUUGCACUGACGUCACGUCCUUUACCAGGUUUCCUGUCUUGUCAAUGGACAGGGACAUCACUUCUGCUGUGGAUGAGGCCAGGACUAUUACUCCUCUCCUUGCUGCAUGUGCCGAUGAGGUGGAUUCAGGAAUUUGCACAUGCGCCAGGGAAAGGAAUAGUUAUGGCUGUGUAUACAACGGAAAUGAUGUCGACCAGACCAGAAAGCUGGUAAAGGAUGUGACGUCGGCAGAAGCAGGAUUUUCAGGAGUGUCGCUUGACUGUAAGCUCAAGCAACCAAUCUACACAGUUUAUUCAAAACUUUCUUCCACAGGAAAAAAGGUGGGUUUGCAGGGUCCGCUGGGUCCUUGAAAACCCCAUUCAUUAUAACAUUUAUGUUAUUGUGUAAUGAAAACAUUACUUAUAUUUUUUAUGGUUGAGGGGGUUGCAUUCUCUAUUACUUUUAUUACAUAGUUUUUAUUAGUGUCUAAUUAUGGAUAUAAUUCAAAUUUACCAACAGAAGUAACAUAACAUGGUUGUUAGAUUUACUAAUAAAAAUGAGCCUAAAUUCUGCUGUACAGGCCUAUGUUUAGUAAGUGUUUAGUAGACACUUCUUGCACCCUUAGGCAGAGGUGGCAUGGCUUCACUUGAAGGGGGUGUAGAUUAAAAGGCAGCGCUAUGAACCAUUGAGGUACCCCUAAACACUGCUCUUCUUGUUCUCCUCAUAAGAAACCUCUAUGAUUAAACCAUACUUACUGUACCAUGUUUCUCUUUUUACUUCUCAAGAAAAUGUUCUGCUGUCAUACAUUGAUUGUCUGUCAUAAAAA